UUGAAUGUGGUGAUAGCAGAGAAGAAAAGCAACAAAUAAAACUGCUGAAAGACGAAGCCCAAAAGCUGGAUGACCAUCACCAGCAGAAGCUCAAGGUGGCUGAAGAAGAAGAGGAAAAAAGUGCAGCUGAACUGCAAGCUCUAGAGAUACAUAAAAACCUAAUUGAGGCUGGAGUCAACGAGGGCCUCAAUGAAGCUAUGAAUGAGCUACACGAAAUUCAGAAGAAGCACCAGAUUGCUGUGAGGACAACAAAUGAAGAGAAAAUGCAACUGCUUGAUAAGUUGUACCGUGUCCUGGAGAUGGUGGCUUUUCAAGUAGGGUCUGUAGAGAAAUACCUGGCUGAGCAUAAUGCAAAAGCUGAUACAGUGUUUGAAGAAUUUAUGUCUGAAGACCUCUUGGACAACCUGAAACAAAUCCUAGCCAAAUAUAAAAGUAAAGCUAAUGCUCUAUAA